AUAAGAACGACAACAAACAUGAAGAGGACUUUAUCAGUGAUUUAUCAGAUUGUAUUCUCCUUCACACACUCUCCUUUUUAAACGCCAAAGAAGCCGUUCAAACUUGUAUUUUAUCCAAAAGAUGGAUCAAUCUCUGGAAUACUCUUCCCACCCUUACACUAAGUUCUUCAAACUUUAGGACCUGCACAAGUUUCGAUCAAUUUCUGUCUCAGAUUUUCUCUCUUCGUGAUCACUCAAGUGCUAUCCGUGCUCUCUGUUUGCACUACAAUCAUUUUAUGGGGAUUAGACUAUACAAAAAGAUCAUAGAAUACACUUUUUCACACAAUGUCCAACGCUUUCGAAUCAAUUAUAAUAGUAUUCAACACCUUCCACCAUGCUUCUUUUCAUCUCAUACUUUAACCUCCCUUCAUCUUUCUAGUUAUUCUUUGUUUCGCUCUGGCUCGACACAAAUAUUUCCAAAUUCUCUCAAUUUCCCAGCAUUAACCACUCUGUCUCUAGAGCGCCUUGCCUUUCGUUGCGGCACAAGUGAUGAUGAUGGUUGCGUCGACCCCUUUUCCACAUUUAACAUGUUGAAUACUUUGAUCAUUGACUUAUGUGUAAUUCUGGAUGCACAAAACCUUCGCAUUUCAAGUACCAAGCUUCUCAAUUUAACUAUAUGUAUGUACGAUAAUGAUCCUCGGAAAAAUUUCAGAUCCUCUUUCGGAAUCGAGUUAUAUGCUCCAACUGUCCAUACUUUUGAAUAUAGUGGUGGUGAAUAUAUUCCAAAACUUUUUGGGAGCAAGAGUGUUAUCUCUUCUAUCAAACAUGUAAGUAUUCAUUUAUUGAGUUUUCGAAGGAACAAAACAUCAAUUCUAUUCAGCUGGCUGGUUGAACUUGCUAAUAUCGAAUCAUUGACCGCCAAUUCCUCUGCACUUACGGAUCUUUUAGUGUUUCCUGAUUUAUUGAAGGUUAAGCUCCCUUCCUUGUUGUGUAACUUGAAGUCACUAAAAUUAAAAUUGUUCCAACCAUGGGCACAUGCCAAAUUGGUGGACUUUUUGCUUCAAAACUCACCCUCAGCAAAGGUUGAGUUCAGCAAGUCAUUAUUAUAAGGUGAAAGGUGCAUCCAACAACUUUUUAAAAUAGUUUUUUGGGUUAGUAAUUUCAUUUUUGCAUCCUUCUAUGUUUCUAUUUCCCGCAAUGUCUUUAGUUAUAAUAACUUUUAAUGGAUAAAUUACAAAACCCUUAUUUGAGAAUAAACUUCUAGCUCACAGAAUCAAAAAGCUUUAAUUUUUUUUAUUCUCUAUGGCGCUUUUUUUAUACAAUUCUAAUUCAUUGAUUCUAACCAUUCCACAACUAUACAUGUUUGUUUAAGUAAAUUGAAUUUGGCUUCAUUGG